GUAAUGCACGCUAUCAAUGUCUGGCCACAAGCGAGCAAGCAAACAGAGGAACGCACUAUCUGAAGCCCACUUAGCCUCUACAGGGAAUCGGUCAUGUCGCAUAGUGGGAAUCAAGCUGAGGCUCAGAACGGUGGAGCCCACGGCAACAUCACAGAACCACAAAUAACCAGACCAGAUGUUGGUAACAAAGUGGCCGUGGUUUUAGGGGCUCAAUGGGGCGAUGAAGGCAAGGGGAAAGUUGUGGAUCUUUUGGCCCAGGACGCCGAUAUCGUUUGCAGAUGUCAGGGCGGAAACAAUGCUGGACACACAGUGGUGGUGGACUCUGUGGAGUACGACUUCCACCUGCUCCCCAGCGGAAUCAUCAACCCUGACGUCACUGCCUUCAUUGGUAACGGAGUGGUCAUCCACCUUCCAGGCCUGUUUGAGGAGGCAGAGAAGAAUGAACACAAAGGCAAAAGUCUGAAAGGCUGGGAGAAGCGGCUGAUCAUCUCAGACAGAGCCCACAUUGUGUUUGAUUUCCACCAAGCGGUUGACGGGGUACAGGAGCAGCAGAGACAGGAGCAAGCGGGCAAGAACUUGGGGACCACGAAGAAGGGGAUUGGCCCAGUGUACUCAGCCAAGGCAGCCCGCAGCGGCCUCAGGAUAUGUGACCUGCUCGCCGACUUCAACGAUUUCUCUGAAAGGUAUAAGGUGCUGGCUCACCAGUACAAGGCCAUGUACCCCACCCUGGAGAUUGACAUAGAGGGAGAGUUGCUGAGGCUGAAGAACUACGUGGAAAGGGUGAAGCCCAUGGUGAGAGAUGGGGUCUACUACAUGCACAAGGCCUUACACGGACCCCCCAAGAAGAUCCUGGUGGAGGGGGCCAACGCUGCGCUGCUCGACAUCGACUUUGGGACGUAUCCUUUCGUGACCUCGUCUAACUGCACGGUGGGCGGGGUGUGUACGGGGCUGGGCAUGCCCCCUCAGAACGUGGGCGACGUGUUCGGCGUGGUCAAGGCCUACACCACCAGGGUGGGCAUCGGAGCCUUCCCCUCGGAGCAGAGCAACGACAUAGGAGAGCUUCUGCAGACGAGGGGAAAAGAAGUGGGCGUGACCACAGGCCGGAAGAGGCGAUGCGGUUGGCUGGAUCUGGUCCUCAUCAGAUAUGCCCACAUGAUCAAUGGCUUCACUGCCUUAGCUCUCACCAAACUGGACAUCCUCGAUGUCUUCCCUGAGAUCAAAGUGGGUGUGUCCUACACCGUGGACGGCCAAUUGAUACCUCAUUUCCCAGCCAAUCAGGAAGUGCUCCAGAGGGUGGAGGUACAGUAUGAGACGCUGCCUGGGUGGAGCAGCGACACGUCUGCCACCAGGACAUUCCAGGAGCUGCCGAAGAACGCCCAGAAAUACGUCCGCUACAUCGAGGGCCACCUGGGGGUGCCAGUGAAGUGGAUCGGAGUGGGCAAGUCCCGGGAGUCCAUGAUCCAGCUCUUCUAAACCCCCCUCCCCAUCCUCCUCCCCCCCAUCCUCCUCCCCCCCAUCCCCCUCCCCGCUCUCAAAGACUGACUGCAGCUCACCUGGUUCUCUAACCCCACAUCUCCUAUGGCUGUGUGGCUGUGUGUGCCAUACAUCCCUGUACCUCCCUGUAGCUCCACAGAAGGUCAUGUGCUACCUCUCAUCAUACGCGUUCCAACACCGCUUACAGACAUGGUGGGUUCGUAUAGGUUUCUCUUGCCUGUGUUGUCAUGGUUGCACAUUGUGCCAGUUGAUAUUGUUCUGUGCUGUGUGCCUUGUACAGGCGUGUGAGAUUGGCUGGGUUUGCACUUUCAGCUACUGGCUCCGUUUUUGCCUGUAUUUUAUUUCCAGAUUCUGUGUGAGCAGGGUCUUGUCUGAAGCCAGUAGCCAAAGCACCUGUUCUGGACCCAUAGGCCCAUUCAGACCUGUAGAAUGUAUCCCAGUGCUAUUCAUAGAUAAGAUGCUAGGAUCUUAAUGUUACUGCUGACAGCCUCUUAAGUCUCAGGACUUUCUCUCCAUCAGAACCGUUUUUAUUUCCGUAUGUUCUUUCUGUAUUUUAUUGCUUGCCUCGAUGUGUUUUAUACGUCUGUUAACUUCCCGUGGAACACCAAGUGUCCUCAUGACUCCAGUAGCUGCUCCCCUCCUGGUCAGAUUUUGCUCCAAGCGACUGCACGGGGUCCUGUCCAUCGCCUGUCAAUCUUCAGAUAAUACUGUCCAUAUGAUGAUUAUGAAUCUCCCAGGCCUGUCGUAGCGUGUAUUAGAGGGAAAAGGGUUAGGGUCACCUUGGAAACGGGUCCAUGGAGUUCACAUGUUCUCAGACAUGGUCAGCCAUACAUGAAACGGAAUGACACACUGCGGAGGCUGUCGUUGACUUUGUGGAGGAACUGUUGCUUCGAUGUUCAUCUAUAGUUACUGAAUGUAACGAGAAUGUUCUGUCGUUUAAGAAUAUGACCAUGUCAGUGGUCGUCUGGCCUCCAGUAAGUGUAGCAGUGACGCGUCACCUCUCACGUCAAGAUAUCCAACCAGUGGUGCUGGUUCUUAGCUCCACUGGGUGCAUGUGGACCUUGUCAUCCCGUGUUCUAGUCCACAUUCCGUGCCUACAUACACGGAGCAUUCUGUUCCCCAUUGUGAAUUUGGGUUUGGGGUCAGGACACGCAUUAGGAUGCGGUCACGGUUAGUUCAUACCUUAAAUAGAUUUACAAAGGCAGAUCAUUCUUCCAUCUAACAUAGUGUGUUGUAUGUUUGUGAAAGGCUCAUGGCUCUCUGACCACUAGUAAAGUGUGUGCCUGUCUGAGUGUGUGGCACUAGCCAACAGUGUAGCAGGAGAUAAUGCUGGGAAUAAAACUAAAGGGACAUCUUUAAACGCUACUUUUGAAAUAAGUAUAUAUUCAGUAAAUAUAUCUGUUUGUCUACCGAGGCCAUGUUUGUGUUGUUAGGAGGACUUGACCUGACCUUUUCCCCUGCUGUGGAUACCCGUCUAGACAAACGAGCUGCUCUGGCUUCAUCUCAAUUCUACCCCUCAACCACCGAUUCUAAGCGCUAGUGGCGAGUGUUUCGUACUGUCCUGAUCUCCUAUAGCUUACUCCAGGACAGACUGGGCCUUCCCCUCACCCUCUUAAGCCCCCUCCUCUUCUCUCUCACACACACACACACACACACACACACACACACACACUCCUGCCACAGGUACCCAAACCACUGCAACAAAGUGGUAAGAAGUGUCAAACGGAACGAGUUGACCUCACGACAGCUCAGUGUGUGUCCUGGUUCCCUGGGGCCGUAGUGCGUGCAGUGUCCCCCGGUGCCCUCCGAGGAGGGGCUGCGUUCAUGACUGCUGAACACGUGGCUCUUAUUUAAACACUCCCACGUGUUAGUCAGAUCAUUAGGCUCAGGUCAGCGACGUGGAACGGACGUGGAACGAGACGUGACAAAGUGCUUCUGAUCCCUCUGAAGAAGAUGAAGAAAGCCGCCUGCCGUGUGGUCCCAUGCCGUGUGGGAUGUGGAGGCCCCGCGAGCAGCCAAUCAGGGUGAGAGAGGGAGCAGGAGGAGGAGAAGGAGGAGGAGGAGGAAGCCUUGUGAAGAGGGGAUAUUUUGAGUUCAGGAUGUCAUUCGGUGGUGAAAUCCAGGUGUCGUUCUAUAUUAGCAGAAUUUCAUCCCUACCCCCCCCCCCCCCCCCCCCCCCCCCCCCUGCUGCAUUUGUAACUGAAGCCUCUCAUGUUAUGUGAGCAAAUGUUAUAAUGGUCCCAGCCCAUGUUAUGGUGUGUGUCUUGACUCACUUGACUGACUCACUCGUUCAGUUUUGAUUGUAUCAUUGCGCUGAUGGACACGUAUUUGCAAAAAUAUGAUUUUUGAGGUACUGUUCUGCGUUGUAUGUGCGGGUGUAUUAAUUCCUUAAAUGUAUAUACAGACAAACGGAACAAUAUUAUCUUGAUCUUAUAGCUGUUCUGUAUUUGGUGAAUAUGCUUUGCCUGUGGCACCAGGGGCUGGUUGUCUGUGUGUGUGUGUGUGUGUGUGUGUGUUAUUUGUGAGUGUGUGAGCGUGUGUGCAUGUUUAUCAAACAUUGUUUGUACAUUACUGGUCUUACUAUUUGUAACUGAAGAUACAAGUAAUUUUAAUAUCAAUGGGACAUGCACACCAGAACAAGAUUCCAAAUAAACAUCAUGGGAACUGC